UAAGUUUGUUCAUAACUUGGUGUUGGCCUCUCCCGAAAGGCACAGUUAAAUUAAAAAUCAUCUGUGCGGGGAUAUAUCAGUACUUUUGUUUAUUUGUGACCUUUGGCGUAGCCGUAGGUUUGAUGAAUGCGGUGCGAAACCAUUUUGAUGAUCCUGUCAUUAUGGCAAAAUCGAUAAGCGUACUGUGCCCUGCUCUACAAGUCGUUCACAAUAUUAUGUGCUGUAAAAUUAAUUCUUACCGUUUACAAUUGGUUACUUUUGAAAUGGAAAAUUUCUGUGAAUUACUUAAGCCUCGUGAAGAAGCAAUCGUUCAACGGUAUAUUGAUAAAUGCGUCUAUUUCUAUGGUGGAUCUAUGUUUUGGAUUUAUCUGAGCGCCGCUUUCAUUAUGUCUGGACCUAUUACACUAAAUCAACCGUUUCCGACGAACGCAGAGUAUCCGUUCAAUGUUUAUCAUCAACCUACCAAAUCUAUUAUCUUUAUACAACAGACUAUAGCUUGUAUGCAAGGUGCCGCUCAGCUAUGUAUGAAUAUCUUUAUAGCGCUCUUAAUAUGGUUUACGUCGGCAAGACUUGAAAUACUAGUCGAAAAGCUGCAAGGGAUCACAAACAUCUAUGAAUUGAAGAAAUGCAUUCACGAACAUCAGACCCUAUUAAAGUAUACGGAAGAAGUAAUCAUCUUAAUUCGCCCCUUUGCAUUAUCAACUAUAUGCCUCAGUACUAUUGCGUUAAUAAUAGUGGGCCUCAUUUUGUUAACUGAUCAGCCGUUGUCAAUGAUGAUCCAAUGCGUUGGUAUAAUUUUUAGUGGAUUGUCAGUGGUGUUCAUGUUCACUUGGCCAGCAGAACAUUUGAUUUAUAUGAGUGAAGAGAUCGGGCAGGCAGUUUUUAAUGCGGAAUGGUACCGACAACCGAUCGCUCUACAGAAAGCUCUGCACAUAGUUAUGUUAAGAGCUCAAAAACCAAUAACUAUCACAGUACCGUGUCUUAUGCCCGCAUUAUCUUUAAAAUAUUAUGCAUCGUAUUUGUCGACUAUAUUUUCCUACUUCACGGCUAUACGAGUAGCCAUGCAAAAUGUCUGACAAUGAGAUGGGCGAAGACAGCAAAAACGUAAAAUUGGAAAAUAUGCAAGCAAUUAUAAUAAAUAGUUAAUAAUCGAUACUUUUUUUAUUAUCACGCUAAUUAUAAUCAAAUCACAUGACAUAGAUGACACAAUUAAAAUAAAUUUAAAGAUCGCUACAAUUUUUAUAUAAUAAUG